UCUGUGGAGUUUCAUAGAAUGGAGUUUGUAGAGCUGAUAAAGACACCGAAGGUAGAUGGUGUGGUUUUACAUUAUCCAUUCCGUGCGUCUGUUGAGGGUACUCUGUGUCUCACUGGUCAUCACUUAAUAUUGUCCUCCAGGAAGACUAAUAGUGAGGAAUUAUGGCUGCUGCACAGUAACAUUGAUAGUAUCGAGAAGAAGUUUGUCGGUUCUAUCGGUUAUUUGACCAUUAAAUGUAAAGAUUUCAAAAUAAUACAUUUAGACAUCCCCGGAAUGGAAGAGUGUUUGAAUAUCGCCAGCUCUAUCGAAGUACUCUCUUCAUUAGAAACUAUCACCCUGACCUAUCCGUUCUUUUUUCGACCAAUGUUUGAUGUGAUGGAGGAUGGUUGGCAGGCUUUUCUCCCGGAAAAUGAAUUUGCAAGACUCUUAGGUGAAGAGUGGAGGCUAAGUCAUGUCAACAAGAACUUUGAUGUAUGUCCUUCUUACCCACAAACUGUGAUCGUACCCAAGUCAAUUGAUGAUGGGACUUUAGAGAUGUCUGCCAGAUUCCGGCACGGUGGUCGCUUUCCUGUGCUGAGUUAUCACCAUUCUGCCAAUGGGAUGGUUAUGAUGAGAUGUGGUCAGCCGCUGACGGGUCCUAACAACAAAAGAUGUAAAGAUGAUGAGAGAUUAGUGAAUGCUGUGUUAAGUAUUGGUAAAAGAGGAUAUAUUAUUGAUACACGAUCACCAUCAGUUGCGCAGACUGCCAAAGCUAAAGGUGGUGGAGUUGAAACUGAGGCUCACUACCCACAAUGGAGACGAAUUCACAGAGCUAUUGAGAGAUAUUACGUCUUACAAGAAAGUCUGGUAAAAUUAAUUGAAGGAUGUACAGAUACAGGUGGUAGCAUGGAUAAAUGGAUAUCAAGAUUAGAUUCCUGUAAUUGGUUAAACCAUGUGAAGGAUGUGUUAACUACGGCUUGUUUAGCUGCUCAGUGUAUUGACAGGGAAGGUGCUUCUGUGUUAGUACAUGGUUCUGAAGGCAUAGAUUGUACAUUACAAGUUACAUCUAUUGCACAGAUUAUAUUAGACCCUGACUGUAGAACUGUUAGAGGGUUUGAAGCGUUAGUCGAGAGAGAAUGGUUACAAGCUGGCCACCCAUUUGCUGAUAGGUGUUCUAAGUCUGCUUUUAGUGUCAGCAAACCAAGAUUUGAAGGACCUGUGUUUUUGUUGUUCUUGGACUGUGUGUGGCAGAUUUACCAGCAAUUUCCGUGUUCAUUUGAAUUUAAUGAACAAUUCUUGAUAUAUUUGUUUGACCAUUCGUAUGCAUCACAAUUUGGUACUUUUCUGUGCAAUAAUGAGGCUGAUAGAAAGAAAGUGAAAUUAUCUACAAAGACUGUCUCCCUCUGGUCAUACAUCAAUAGACCAGAAAUAUUACAAACAUUUUUAAAUCCUCUGUAUGAGAAAAAUACCAGUGUCAUAUGGCCAUCAGUGGCACCACAAAGUUUGCUACUUUGGUCUGGUCUUUACCUGAAACAUAUGGUUAACCAGUCAGCAUAUAACCAGGCAUGGAAUGAAAUAGUACGUAUAAAACAACGUGAUAGUGAUUUGCAACUCAGAGCUGUCAGGCUUAGAAAACAGUUAAUGGAACUUCAAAAAGAGGCUGUACAGAAAAAUCUGAUUGUUGACGAUGAAUAGAUGAUGAUGUCAGGAUUGUCUCGUUUUCCAUCUGUAUUCCUAAUUCUUAGACAGUAAAGCUGAUGUAUGUGAAUUUGUCCUUUUGUCUACAUGCUGACAUCAAACGGUGUACUGUCACUGUGUGCUGUUGCCAUAACAUACUUAUCACUACCAUAGAGGGCGCUAUUGCUGGCAUAGAGGGCAUCAUUGCUACUACACAGGGCGCAAACCUAGUUACUGCCAUAGAGGGCACCAUUGCUACUACACAGGGCGCAAACCUAGUUACUGCCAUAGAGGGCACCAUUGCUACUACACAGGGCGCAAACCUAGUUACUGCCAUAGAGGGCACCAUUUCGACUGUAGAGGGCACCAGUGCUACAACCCUCAUUACUACUAUAUGGUGCACCAUUGAUAUUAUAUGGGAUACAGCCUUCGUUGCAACCAUGGAGGGCACAA